GCUGCAUGAUAUAGGAGAUGCACCACACUGCCCUGCAGGCUUUGAAUGAAUGUGGUUUGUUUGAUCCCCCCGCCCCCAACAUGUUAUAUUUUACAUUUUUCUUUUACAAGGACAAGCUCCAAAAAGAGACGCUUGCCACAAGCUGGUGCUAGUAAUGUAAAGCCGUUGGAUGGUGUCAAAAUUCUUGAUUUAACAAGGGUUCUUGCAGGACCAUUUGCCACAAUGAAUUUGGGAGAUCUAGGGGCUGAAGUUAUCAAAGUGGAAAGACCAGGAGCUGGUGACGACACAAGAGCCUGGGGCCCACCUUUUGCUGGGACAGAAAGUGUUUAUUUUCUCAGUGUCAAUAGAAAUAAAAAGAGUAUAGCUAUCAACAUGAAAGAUUCAAAAGGAGUAAAGCUAAUCAAAGAGCUUGCAGCAGCAUCUGAUGUUUUUGUGGAAAACUUUGUCCCUGGGAAGCUGGCUGAAAUGGGUCUAGGUUAUGAAGACAUUAAAAAGAUUGCUCCUCACAUAGUGUACUGUUCAAUAACAGCCCAGAGUUGGGCACAGGACUACACACGUGGCCUCAACAGUGCUGAGAAGAGGGGAAGGAUCUUCCUCCUGGCCUGCUUGACACUUCCCAGUGCACAGCAAUACACUGUUGUCCUCUGCUACAGGGAUGCCUACAAAAGUUAUGGUCAGACUGGUCCAAUGGUUCAGCGAGGUGGAUAUGACUCCAUUGCUGCUGCUGUUUCUGGUCUCAUGCAUAUCACAGGGCAUGAGGAUGGUGAGCCAGUUAGACCAGGAGUAGCAAUGACAGACCUUGCUACUGGGUUAUAUACGUAUGGAGCAGUUAUGGCUGGUUUACUUCAGAGGUAUAAGACAGGAAAAGGACUACACAUUGACUGCAAUCUCCUGUCAACUCAGGUUGCAUGUCUCACUCAUGUAGCAGCUAAUUACCUUAAUUGCAAAAUUGAAGCAAAACGCUGGGGUACUGCUCAUGGGAGUAUUGUUCCAUAUCAGGCAUUCAAGACCAAGGAUGGCUACAUCGUAGUGGGAGCUGGAAAUGAUCAUCAGUUUGUCACUGUGUGCAAGAUCCUGAACUUGCCUGAAGUUAGUAAAGAUUCCAGAUACAAAACUAAUACACUCAGAGUCCAGAACAGAAAAGAACUUAUUGACAUAUUAUCAACCAGGUUUUCAGAAAAAGCAACGACCGAGUGGUUGCAGCUCUUUGAAGGGAGUGGGGUUCCAUAUGGCCCAAUCAACAACAUGCAGCAAGUGUUCUCAGAUCCUCAGGUACUGGAAGGCAGCAUUUACAUCAUCCAGAAAUUGCCUUAUCUUCUCCAGGCUGAAAAAACCCAAUUCUCUCAGCCUUUCUUCAUAGAAGAGGUGCUCCAACCCUCUAAUCAUCUUGGUGAUCCUCCUCUGGACUUGCUCCAACAGGUCCAUGUCCGUCCUGUGCUGGGGUCCCCAAAGCUGGACUUGGCACUGCAGGUACUGCACAAUGGACUUGUGAUGGAAAUGAAUCAUCCAACAGCUGGGAAGAUAGCUGUUCCAGGACCAGGUGUCAGAUACAGUGAAUUUGUUGUGUCACAUCCAAAACCACCUCCACUUGUGGGACAACACACAGUGGAGAUACUGAAGAGCAUGCUGGGGUAUGAGGAUGAUGCUAUAGAAGAACUGCUUUGCAGUGGUGCUGUGGCUCAGCAUGAGGUCAGAUAAGGAACAUUAGCUACAUUCCUUCACACUGAGUUCACAUUACUUUGUCCUCUCUUUGCUCCCUUCAGUUUCCCUAAUGGGACUCGAAAGAGAAGACAUAAUUUAAUUCCUAAUUUUCUUCCACGUGUGUUUGUAUGAUUUUAACACUGAUGUAUCAAAUAAAUAAUCUCAUGCUGUCUGAGUGAAAGAUUUUCUUGGGGGGGUUGGGAAUAAAUGUAAUUAUACAGUCCUGUGUGACUACUCAUUCUCUCUACUUCACAUGGAAAAUAGAGUCCUUAUCAUAAUUACAGUAAUUGCCUAAACAUUUGUCCCCAGAAAGAC